GGUCGCAUUGUAGCGGUGCUUGUCAUCGCUCGUCGGACCGGUGUAACAGAGCAGCGGUAGCAGCAGGGCUCCCCCUCUGUCGCUGCUCUUAUACGCACACGCACACGCCGCGCCUGCCUGAGCCAGGAAUGGAUAACGGCUGCCUUCAAACAUGGCACUGCGACAUUAUACCCUCGACUUCAGCCUCUCGUCGGCAGUUGACUCCGCAUCAACAGUCCCCAGCCUGCUGUCCAUAUUUCACGAGCAGGAAAUGACAGAGAUCGUGCAUGACACAGACGGGCGUGGAUACCUUGCCACCUUUGUAGGAAAGAACGGCAGGCUUGUUAUUCUGCGUGUGCACGCCCACGGGUUGCUCACUAUCGAUCUGCAGUGUUAUGAUGGAGAUAACAUUGCUCAGCUAGACAAUCUUUUAAAUACACUGGAGAAGAAACUGAAAGUUCUCUUAAAUGGCAAGAUUACCCGCAUUAAAAGGCUGCCGCCUCUCAUCCGAGGAGCCAAAGUAGACCGGUACUGGCCCACCACUGACGGAAGACUGACCGAGUACGACAUAGACCGUGUGUUAUACGACGAAGACUCUGCUUACCAAAAUAUCAAAAUAUUGCACUCGCAGCAGUUUGGGAACAUACUGGUCCUUAAUGGAGAUGUCAACCUGGCAGACAGUGACUUGCCCUACACUGAAGCUAUCAUGGGCGGUGGCAAGGAGGACUACGCUGGCAAGGAGGUGCUGAUUUUAGGGGGAGGCGAUGGAGGCAUCCUGGCUCAGGCUGUCAAACAAAAGCCAAAGAUGAUCACCAUGGUGGAGAUCGACCAGAAGGUGAUUGACGGGUGCAAAAUGUACAUGAGGAAGACUUGCGGCAAUGUGUUGGAUAACCUGAAGGGAGACUGUUACCAAAUUCUAGUGGAGGACUGUGUGCCUGUGCUCAAGAAGUACGUCCAGGAGGGAAGAACCUUUGACUACAUCAUUAACGACCUCACCGCAGUCCCAAUAUCAACAGAACCAGAAGAGGGUGUGCACAAACUCCACGUGGGAGUUCCUGCGUCUCAUUUUGGAUCUGUCAAUAAAGGUCCUGCAUCCAAAGGGGAAAUAUUUCACACAGGGCAACAGUGCAAAUCUGACGGAGGCGCUGAGUCAGUACGAGGAGCAGCUGGGAAGACUCUCGUGUCCUGUGGACUUUUCCAAAAAAGUGGUUUGUGUUCCCUCCUACUUGGAGCUGUGGGUUUUCUACACGGUAUGGAAGAAGUAAAUUCUCUCACUGAAGGUUUUUUUUUCUCUCCUUUUCUCCUGAUGCUGGAUUGUGAACAGGCUUUUUUUCUGCUGUAGCCCUCAAGGUGUGUUCAGACUGAAUGAGACACUCUGCAACAGAAAUACCUGUACAAAUCCACCAUGACACAAACACGCGCCCAAUGAUUAUGGUCAGUCGCCUUGGAAUUAGCAUGCAGUGUCAGAACACUCCAGUGGUCUGUUAACUCUGAACACAUCUGUGGGAGCGUUUUUAUUCUUCCCUCUCUGUCUUUUAGUUGUGUAUUUAUCGUUUGCGUUUGUUUGAAGACCCGUUAACAUUAUUAAGGAUGCACUCUUUUCAACUGUGAGCGGAUACACUGACAAUGUAAUGUUACUGAUAGAACCCCUUCAGGCUUUUAAGUUGCCGCUCAGAUUGUGCGAUACACCGAUUUAUGGUCUCACAAUGGAAUUCUUUGUUAGCUAUUUUUGUUGCAGCUACUGUGAUUAGAUUCUUGUUCCAGCUUGGCAUUCAAAUGUCCAAAAGAUGUUUUAAAAGGGAAAUGAUUCCACUACUUUAAUUCCACCCUUGUGCUAUUUUAUGUCAUGUUUUAUUAUUAGUAACAUUUUCUACCACUCACGCAUUGGAAGGACACUGAAUGUAGCUUGCCUAGCACGUUUACAAGCAACCCCGUGGGACUCAUUUAUUUAUUCCCUUUUAAGUUCCUUGAAAUGACAUUGUCCCACACAAUUAUUAUUUUUUAUUUUGUGACCUUUAGCAAUUAAAGUGGUUUUGGCCGACGGA